AUGACCGACACCACAUCUUCAUCGGCUGACAUGCACGCCGAAAGCGGCAACAGCAGUAUCGAGGACACGCAAGGCGCCGAUCCGAUUUUGACCAGCUUUUCCAAGGAUGAAGAAUCCGACCUGGAAGCAGCACCACUACUUCACAAUGACGACAACAAAAAAAUGGCAGCCUUGAACAUCAAUUGUGAAUCAGAUGAUGACGCUCUCAAAGAUCCUCUAAAAUCCACCGCUAACAAAGGCAACCUUGGCAUUUUUACAAAGUUGAUGGCCUCCAAGAGCAAUCUCAAAUCAGUCCUACUCGUCUUAUUGGUAAUUCAAGGAUCUUCUGCCGUUCUUGUUGGACGCUAUACUCGAUCAUCCGUUCCAGAAGAAGACCUUUAUGAUAUUGGACAUUUGGUUCUGGUCAUUGAAUGUUUCAAAUUCGUACUUUCGCUCAUUGCAGAAUUCCUUUCUACCAAUGGAAACCUCCGAGAGUCCAUAGAAGAGCACAUUUGGAAAAGACCAGUUGAUUCCCUCAAAGUGCUUGUUCCGGCUGUGCUUUAUGUGCUACAGAAUGGUCUAAUUUACAUUGCCUUGAGCAACCUACCGGCUCCUGUCUUUAUCUCACUGCAACAGGGAAAGCUCAUUUGCACCGCCAUUGUCUCGGUGACCAUGUUGCGGCGAACCUACUCGGUCAAACAAUGGUGUUGCCUUUUUGUCUUGGCUGUGGGAGUAGCUAUUGUUGCAGUGAAUGAAAAGAAAGGAGUAGUACAACAAUCUAUUACUGAAGAACACAUUGAUGAAACCACCGAGGUGGAUAUUACACAGUCGGAACCAAUGCAGUUCUUCUUGGUUGGAAUCUUGGCUGUUUCUGGAGCGUCUUUUACCAGUGCUUUUGCAGGGGUGUACUUUGAAAAAGUACUGGCACCAGAGAAAGCUGCCCCGAAAAGUAGCACCCCUAGACGCGCAGUCAGCAUUACACCUCAAAGGAAUGGCACAACCAGUAGCCCUAGACGCGCAUUCAGCAAUUCAAGUCAAAAGAAUGGCACAACCAGUCCUGUGAGAAACAGCACUUUACAACCAGAGACAGCAGCAAAGGCCAACCCUGGCCUGUGGAUCCGAAAUUUGCAGCUGGCAUUCUUCAGCAUCCUUUUCUGCUUGCUCCGUGAGAUCUGGAGCGAAGUGAGCAAACGUGUGAAUGAAAAAUAUCAUGCUCAGGACGACGAUACAAUUUAUUGGUACAGCGCGCCCAAUGCCGUCGAUGAAGAAAAACGGCCAUACCUCCAUGGCUUUACUUUUUGGGUCUGGGUACUAGUGUUGUUGCAGGCAGGUGGAGGGCUGUUAGUGGCGGCAGUUAUGAAAUAUGCUGACAAUGUACUGAAAGGACUAGCUAUGGGGAUUGGUGUGGUGGUUGCGUCUGUAGUAUCUACUGUAUUGUUCAAAGUGCACUUGUCAUCGCAGUUUGUGCUUGGAGCAUUCAUCAUUUGCGGUUCAGUUUACCUGUUUUCAAACGAUCCUCCAUGCCUUCGUAGCAAUACUAAAUCAGAGCCAAAAUGA